AUGGUCUCUCUCAAACUCCUCUCGCUCAUCCCCAUUCUCGGGCUCACCACCGCCCAGAACACCACCCUCCGCUACAUGCCCUUUGGUGACUCCAUCACCGAGAUUAUCUGUUGGCGCGCGCUCCUCUGGGAGAAGCUCCAAAGUACACAGUGGGCAUCCGUGAACUUUGUCGGCAGCGGCAAAACGGAGAACAACUGCAAAGACACCAAGUAUGAUCGCGACAACGAGGGCCACUCAGGCUUCCUUGCCAUCGACAUCGCGAACAAGAACCAGCUGGAUGGCUGGCUGAAGACGAACCCUGCGGACGUGAUUACCAUGCACCUGGGGACCAACGACAUCGUGCAGCAGAACAAGAACGUGGCGGAUAUCAUUGCGGCUUUUACGAAAUUGGUGGGGACGAUGCGGACGCAUAAUCCGAAGAUGAAGAUAGUCGCAAGUGUCGCGCAAAUCAUCCCCAUGGGCAUCGGCUCGUAUAACACCAAGAUCCAGCAGCUCAACGCGCAGAUCCCGACGUGGGCUGCCGGACUCAACAAGACAGAAUCGCCUAUCUGGGUUGUGGACCAGUACACUGGCUUCUCGUCGUCUGACUUGCGCGAUGGCGUGCAUCCGAAUGCUUCAGGUGACCAGAAGAUGAUGAAUGUCUGGUAUCCAGCGUUGCUUCAAGCUUUU